UUUAUUUUUCCUCCACCAACUUGGCUAUGUCCAACCUCUCUGUUCUCUCUCCGCCAUUUUUCUUCUCCAAUAAAAGCACUCUUUCCACCCCGUCUGCUGCACUCGGCUCUGCUCAGCCACCACACUCUGCCUCUUUUUCUCUAUCCCAGAAUUCAUUAUUUAUUCUCUCUUCUACCCUACCCUUGCUAUUUAUCUCCAAAUUUGUUCUUUAAAUUUGCACAAGGAUUUUCUCCAAUUGCUCAUGUUCUUGAAUUCCCUUACGUUUCUAUCGAAAUCCUUACCUGCAUUUUCCUCCUCCUACGCCUCCAAAAUUUGUACUCUUCCUUCCUUCCACUCUAGCCUCCUUCUGCCUUCUGAUCCGAGCCGGCUGGCACUCUCUAGCCAUCCAUUUGGUGUAAACCUCGUUCCUGCAAGAUCUGAUACGGAAGGGGAGUGGAGAGGAAUUGUUCUGCCAUGAGGCCGGAGACGCGGCUUGAAUCGGCGGUGUUCCAGCUCACCCCCACCCGCACCAGGUGUGAUUUAGUUGUGGUGGCAAAUGGACGGAAGGAGAAGAUAGCCUCUGGUUUACUGAACCCAUUCGUCGCACAUCUGAAGGUUGCACAAGAACAGAUUGCCAAGGGAGGCUAUUCCAUCACACUUGAGCCGGAUCUAGAGAUCCACGCACCAUGGUUUACAAGGGGCACGGUGGAGAGGUUUGUUCGAUUUGUCAGUACCCCAGAGGUCCUGGAGCGGGUGGCAACAAUAGAGUCUGAGAUAUUGCAGAUUGAGGAUGCAAUCGCUGUCCAGGGCAAUGACAAUCUUGGUUUGAGAUCUGUGGAAUACCAUAAUGGGAAAUCGUUGGAUUGCUUGGAAGGUACCAAAACGAGUUAUGAUCCUGAUGCAGAUAAGGCACUUGUUCCGUAUAAGCCUGACAUGCAGCCAACUCCACCAGUGCAGAAUCACAGUGCAACACAGGAGGAGAAUUCAAAAGCUCAACUGCUCAGAGUGCUGGAGACUCGCAAAACAGUCUUACGUAAAGAGCAGGCUAUGGCCUUUGCACGUGCUGUAGCAGCGGGGUUUGAUAUUGACAACUUGUUGUAUUUGAUCACAUUUGCAGAGUGUUUUGGCGCUUCACGCUUGAUGAAGGCAUGCACACAAUUCAUUGAGUUGUGGAAGCAAAAGCAUGAAACUGGACAAUGGAUUGAAGUUGAACCUGAAGCAAUGUCUGCACGCUCUGAAUUUCCUCCCUUUAAUCCUGCUGGCAUUAUGUUUAUGGGAGAAAACAUGAAGCAAAAUAUGGAAACAAUGUCUGUUUCCAACGGAGAUGCAAAUGGCGAAGAUGCUUCUAAAGCUGAUCAGAGGACACCUCAGCAUGCAGGAGCUCCCCAUGAGUACUUCCAUGGUCCAUAUCAGUCAGCAUACCCACCAUGGGCAAUGCAUCCACCUUACUCUACGCAAGGCAUGCCUUACUAUCCUGGGAUGAACCCAUAUUACCCUCCCCCUUAUCCCCCAACAGAUGAUACCAGGUACCACCGCUCAGAAAGGAGGGUAUCAAGGAAACACUCCUCAGAUAGCAAGGACUCGGAAACUUUGGAUGACAAAAGUGACCAGAGUGGUUCAGAGAGCGAAAGUUCACAUGGUCACAGGUCCCAUAAAAAGGGUAAAAGGGCGGGCAAGAAGAAGCCCAGUGUUGUUGUCAUACGGAAUGUAAAUGUAACAUCAAAAAAGCACAGAUCAUCAGAGAGUGACUCACAAACAGGCUCUGAUGUAGCAUCUGAGGACAGUGAUGAUUUACACACUAAAUCUAGAAAGAAAAAGAAUAAGAGCUCAAGUUCAAAGAAGAAAGAGGCAAGACAAAUCAUUCUCGAGUCUGCAGAUGGAUAUAACAAGGAUGAAAUGUCUUAUGGGCAAGAUGCAGACCAAGGGAAUUGGAAUGUCUUCCAAAGUGUCCUGCUAAGAGCUGAUGAGAAGACGAGAGAUAAUGAUGCUGACCUAUUCGCCAGUGAAAAAGAGCCACCCCUAGCAAGGAGGAAAGAGAGCAGAACAAUUGACGAUCCUAUUCUUUUGGCAGAGCGGGAUUCUGCUGAUGCCAAUGAACGGAAUGCAGUAGAUUUCAACUCAGCAAAUGGGGGGAUUAGACCCCGGCAGAUGCUGUCUGGUGAUGAACUUAUGAUGUCUGGGGAAGGUAGGAACUUUGCGGGUGAUGACAUAAAGGAGAUUGAAGCUGGAGGCGUGGGAUACAGGAGAGGAACAACUGAUGACUUCAUGAUUUAUGGACAGGAAAAGCCAAUGGACAGAGGGAGUUCUUUGGACCCUCUUGCAGAAGCACAGUACAAGAGUCCCACCCAGGUGGAAAAAAUUGUGCACAGUGUGGCGGAUGAAUCCUUUAUGAUACCUCUUAGGUCCACCUCAGAGGAUAAUCUUGGGCCAGAAAACCGUACUGCCAUUGACAUAGAUGUUGAGCUUCCCCCAAUUGUUCAGAAGAUAUCAGAUGCUAAGGCUGGAGGUCAGCUUUUCUAUGAGCCAGAUGAGUUGAUGCCAGAGCGCGAAUAUGAAAAUAUUUCAUUUGGAUAUGAUCCGGCAAUGGAUUAUGAUAGUCAGAUGCAGAUUCAACCUGCCACCAUGGUUGAAGAUGCACAUGUGGAGGAUGCAUCUUUGAGCGUUGAGGAUGGAGUUAAGAAACCAGACAAAGAUAAGAUACUACGAAGUUCACAGGAGAGUUUGGAUAAAAGAAGGAAAGAUGCUUCAGCGAGGAGAUUGUCAUCAUCAAAAGGCCCACUGACUGAUGCACAGAAACGUGCACAAAACUUGCGGGCGUAUAAAGCGGACCUUCAAAAGGCAAAGAGAGAGCAGGAAGAGGAACAAAUCAAACGGCUAGAAAGGCUUAAGCUAGAGAGGCAAAAGAGGAUCGCUGCAAGAAGUAGCACUUCUAAUGCAAUAUCAACACAACAGCAGCCUAAAGUGAAACCUUCUCCCAAGCUUUCUCCCAGUGCCUACAAGAGCUCAAAGUUCAGCGAUGCUGAACCGGUAUCGUCUUCACUUCUAAGAAAACAUCCUGUCAAAACUACCACAGAGACUGAUCCCCAAAAAACAGAAAAAACAAGCAAACUUGGUGAUAAUACAAAAGCAGUUAGUAAGUCAACCUCAUCGUUGACUGAGAUGAAGAAAGAGAAAAGUGGGAGAACCGAAUCAUCCAGUGAGCGACUGAAAAAACUUGCUGAACCUAAAACCAAUUCUUCGACUGACAAUCCUUCAAGUUCGAAGUCAGCAAGCAUGGACCACUCACGGAGAAGAAGCAUGCCACAAGAUACCCAAACGAAGAAAAUUUCAGCUAUAAUGCAACUUGACCAGAGCAAAUCAGCAACCCUACCAGAACUGAAAGUCAAAUCCCCGCGAGCUUCUGCUGUUGUUGUGAAAAAUGCGGUAGCUACUAAAGAUAAGAAAGAUGGUGCAUCUGCAGCGAAAGCACCUCCUACACCAGAAAUUGCUGUUGGGAAGAAAACUAAUGGUAACAUCUCAAGGAUGAACAGCAGCGAUGACAGUGUGGUGGUUGAUAAGACCGUUGUGAUGCUUGAAAAUGAGGUUGUUUCAAUGCCUAUGGUCAUUCUAAAUUCUGGAACAAUUGCAGAGAAGGAAACUUCUAGUGAUGACAGAACGGAGAAGCCCAGUCUGGAAAUGGAGUAUACUGCCAUCAGGGCUCCACCUUCUCCAGUUAUUCUUCCCGAAUCUGAGAAUGCUGCCACUAAUGGACCUGAUGACCAGGGGAACUCAUAUGAGGUGGUGACCGAGUGUCGAAAGGAUGAACCUGAGAGACCAACCUUGGCUGCCGUGGAGAAGCCCUACCAGGCCCCUUUUGCUAGGGUGACAUCAUUGGAGAAUGAUUCGGCAAACAGUCCAGCUUACCCCCAACCAUUACCUGUGCAGGAAUCUGAAUCACUUGUGCAUGCAGAGAGCAUUAAGGCUCGAGUACCUGAGCCUGUGUACACAGUUUCAGUUGAGGAGAGCCAUGAGGUAAAUGAAAAACCUCGAAGCAAAGAACCAAAAGGCUUUAGGAAACUUUUGAAAUUUGGCAGGAAAAGCCACGCUUCAGCCUUGACCGAGGGUGCAAUGGAUUCUGAUGCAUCAUCAGUUGACGAAGCCACAGUGGGAGAUGGUUCGAUGCUGAAGAACCUCAUUUCACAGGAUGACUCUGGUGCUUCCUCGAAAGCUUCCCGGUCGUUCUCCCUACUGUCGCCAUUCCGCAGCAAGCACAAGGUGAUUGUCCUGUGAGGAUAUAUCUAUCAGCCGUGAUGUGAUAGUGGCAAUUGUAUUGGGAGGAAUAGUACAGUUCAGCGAAGUACAUACUUUUGGAGAUGAGUUUGGAUCGGAACAGCUUUUGUUUUCCUUUUUUUUCUAUUUGUUUUGAUAUAUAUACAUAAAUGCAUACAUACUAUAUCUCUUGUGGUCUGUAAUCAGCCUAUGUGAAGCUUCUUGUGUUUGAUGGAUGGUUGCAUUUGUACAUUCAUUCUUGUUCUGUACCAGAAUUAUUUGUGCUGAUAUGUACUGUAUGAUGAUAUGCCAGCAGCAUCUGAA